GCGUUGUCGAAGAGUUCCUGUUGUGGUGGAGUCCUCGCGACUCCUCGGAGCAGCAGGAGGACUGCGUGCAGCUGCCGAUCUAGUAGUCUCUUCCUCCUUCUGUCUCUCUGUGAAUCUCUGUCCCUACCUCGCUGGUGCUUGCUUGGUCAUGAUGGCGAGGCGAGGGUUCGCCGCUCCGGCACAGCGAUUCGCGCUGUUGGCCGCAGUGCAGGUGGCUCUGGUUCUUCUAGCUCUCGGCUAUGGAUGUCAAAUGGCGUCUGCUCGCCCCGUCACUGCUGAACAACGGCUGGCGGCGGCCAUCAACUCUACCGCUAAGGCAACGCGUCCCGUUGUGGUGACCAUCACUGAGGACAUCGUGCUCACGCGAUCGCUGCCAUUGAUUCUCGGUCCUAUCGUCAUCAAGGGAGGGUGUGGUCGGCGCAAAUGCGUCGUKGAUGGUGCGGGCAAGUACGGCAUUUUCCAGGCYUAUGCACUGCCCCCUCUGUGCUCRGUGACCAUCGAGAACUUGAUCUUGCGCAAUGCUGCGCAAGGAGCUGUCUACUCCAAGUGCGACCUGAAGCUGAGGCGUGUGGACUUCACGMAGAACAAGGGAGCGAGCGCCGCCGMGGUUGGCMAUGGACAGGCSUCGUGGCACAUCGARGAYUGCUUGUUCGAGAAGAACAGCGCGUCAGGUGCCGGCGGUGCGCUUUACGUCRGCGCUGCCGGKAGGGGGAGAGUCGUCCGUACCACGUUCAGGUCGAACAGGGCGGGACAGGAUGGUGGAGCCGUGUACRUCUACGGACAGAUGACCGGUUCUUACGUCUUCGAUCGCGUGACCCUGGACUCGAACRCGGCUGSAAAGAGUGGCGGSGGACUGUUCGUAGUCGGGAYWGCGUCGGGUGCUCCGAAGGUGUUCGUCUCCGGAUGCAAGUUCUCGAAGAACGUGGCRACGGGCGGYCCUGGYGGUGCGCUGGCGCUCAGCGCRUCGGUGGAUGCCCGAAUUUGUCACACMUCCAUCGYYGGGGGCCGGAACGCAGCGAAAGGCGGGAAAGGCAACGACGUCGCUCUGUUAGACGGCAACUAUCACCCUCAAAUGACAGUCUCAUUCUGUCCCAGAAAGCCUUCUGGUCUUUCCCUGUUCGUCACUCGCGUUCCCAGACUCCCGAUCGUUAGCCAGAACUGCCGGGUCUGUGCACUCCCACAAUAAGGACAUUUCUUCGAACGACACUAUAGUCGGUUUCCUCCAUGAUUAUGAAUGUAGUGCUAUCGUUUUCUUUGUCAGACUUGACGGCUCUGUUGGUCAGUCUGUCCAUUUAUCUAUAUAUUUGGGACACCAUGUCUCACAGACUCUCACUCCGUUGCCUUGGCGGCGCACACGUACGGAUCCUUCGCUUAGAGUGUCCGGAGAGAAAAGGAAAAAGGAGACGUCAUUACCUUUAGGAUCGCUCAAGAAAGC